UUACGGAAGCAGGAUGGGAAGGAGUAACGUUACAGACUUCUUGGGAACCCUCUGAGAUAUGCAACAAUGUGGAAUGAUCUCACUUGCUCUAUUGCCCAAUCCUCGUCUUCUAGUGGAAACUUGAAAUAUAGGGCGUGUCAAGCUAGUUACUGGAGGUCACGUGCUACGUUACAGUUUAACUGCUCAGUUUGUUGUGACACAAUUUAACUGGUUGAUUGCUGAUACCGAGAAAGCAAACAACGACUGUGUUGUAGUGCGUAACGAGAUACGUUUUUCUUUGUGUACACGAACUGUACGAGUUGAGGAACUUUCCUGGAGGUUUUGAACGGAAAUCGUUGUCAAAACGAGUGACAGUUUGAUUGCCGUGGAAAAUGCGUUUACAAGUUGAAGUCGGCUUCGCUUUCUGUGUGUUGCUAGCAGUGGCUGUAAUGCCAGGAGACUCGGCGUUACCCAAGAUUGUUACACCACCAAAAUUCGAGCAGGUAGUGUACGACAAAAAAGGAGUUGGUGAUGCAGAGGGUCCGUAUGAAGUUACAAUUCAGUGUGAAGUUGAGAAUGAUUCUGGUGACUCACGUCAGUGGGAUAGUACAGCAACUGCAUCACUCAUUCCUUACAUUCAAAACGAUGGAUCACUCAAGCUUACUAGUAUAGCAAAGGAUGACACUGCAUCUGUGAGUGGAGUUGACUACUGGUGCUAUGCAUCUAAUGAUAUUGGAAGAGUUGUUAGCACCAAUGGUACUCUUGUCUAUGCAACCUUUAAUAGUGGCAAUUGGGAAAAGCCAAUUGGUGUUAUUGAAGCAUUGGAUGGGUAUACAGCUGUGAUACCAUGUGAGGUGCCAGAUGAUGCCAAACCUCAUCCGAUGGUGCAAUGGCAAGUAGAUAACGAGGACCUUGAUCUUACAAAACCAGAAAAUGUUGUUCUUCCAUCGGGAAACCUGCAGAUUGACCCUGUGAGCAAGUCAAUGGAUGGCAAAGAGUUCUUUUGCACUGUAACCAACCAGUUUGUGACAUACUCGAUAUCAUCACCAAAGCAUGCUACACUGAGAGUUCAAGAUCGAUCACGGUCAGAGCCACACUUUCUUAAACAACCACGAAGAACAACUGCAGUUGUUGGAGAUAAUGUUGUCUUGGAGUGUGCAGCAUCUCCAGUCACAAGUUUUUUGUGGACGAAAGAUAAUGUUGGCCAUAAUUUUAAAGGCUCCCAACUAUUGGGAAAAGGCAACUUGCAUUUUCCUUCGGUACAAAAAUUUCACGAAGGCAAUUACAAAUGUCAAGCUGUGUUUGAGGUGUCCAAUACGCUUAAGCAUUUUAACGACAGUGAAGUUGUAAUGCUAACAGUGCUGGAGCCUCCCAGCAUCACAAGCUCACCUGGCGAAACACUCAAAGCAUACACUAAGAGUCCAUUUGAGAUGACAUGUGCAGCAAACGGGGAUCCUACACCAGUUAUUAAAUGGUACGCGAACGGUACAGAGCACACUUUUGGUCCUACACUGAAGAUCACUGCUGCACAGAAGAUUGAAGACGCUGGAAUAUAUCAGUGUUUUGCUAUUAACGAUGUAGGAGUGGCUGAAAGCAUUACUAGAGUGAUAAUUGAAGAUGCAACAAUAUCUUCUGUAAGUGCGUCUCCUGUGAAUGCAACUAUUGUGCAUGGUGGCAAUGCUAAAUUUGAGUGUCAAGCGGUGGGCGAUCCCAUACCUAAAAUCAGGUGGUUUAUUGAUGGUAAAGAGCCAAUGGACAAGGCUCCUAUCAAUUUUACACAUACGGAUGAUGGUGUUACACCGGUGAAGAGCUCAUUGACUGUUCAUGCUACUGCUAAGAGCUUUGGUGGAGAACAUGUCAUCUCGUGUAGAACGGACAGCUUUGCACCACAUCACUACUCAAACAAAACACUGAGAGCUGAGGUUGCAGCUGAAGUCAGACCUGUGCCGAAUAACUUGACUCUAUUAAGGGGCAAUACUUAUAUGCUACCUUGUCCAUCAUAUGGAUUUCCAACAGUUCAUCGAGUCUGGAAGAAGGGAGACGUUGUGGUUGACACAUCAGGGCCACGAAUCAAUAUAUCUGGUGAUGGCACACUUGUGAUUGGAAACGUGAUGGUUACAGAUGCUGGGAAGUAUAAUUGUAGUAUUGAAAAUACAGUCAAAGACGUACUGUAUAAAAGUUCAGCUGCUAUUGAUGUGACAGUACAUGUGGUGCCUGUUAAAGUAAAGUCUAACGCAGUCGCACCCAUUUUCAGUGAGGAUCUGGCUAUUCUCAACUGCACAGCAGAAGCCCUUCCCACGCCCCUUCUGAACUGGACAUUCGGCAAUACGUACAUUGACGGCAAUACGAAGUACACCAUCACAACAAAAUUUGAUCAAAUUCGUGUCACCAGCAUUCUCAAGUUUAAAGUCAAACCGGGUGACUAUGGCAACUACUUCUGUAUUGUAAAAAAUGUUGCAGGCACUCGGAGAAUCCAAAUACCAUUAGUACAAGCGAGUAAGAACAGUACAGCCGGUCCUCCGCUUGUUGCCGAUACCGAACUGGAGUCAUUUCCAGUCGUUCUGGUUGUGGCUCCGGCUGCGAUAGUAGCCUGUUUCAUUGUUGUCGUAGUCGUCAUUCUUUGCUACAACCAAAACAGAGGGUCGUAUGAACCAAAAAAAGUCGAGGGCUUUAUUGAACCGUUUCAGCUACGAACUUCGGGUGGUGCUGGUGAGCUGUAUGCUGCGCCUCCUGAUAUCAUUCGUCAUCGUGGAAAGUAUCUGGAUCAGCAGAAGAAAGCGCAAGAGGCAGAGCAUGCCAAUUUAUAUGCAUCGAUUGAUAAGAAAAAACCGUUGACAAAUAGUGACGAUCCUUCUGGAGCUGUAAGCUCUCGUCCAACUAGUUCUGCCGAGGAGGAUGAGACUGAUCUUGCUGCAGCUAAAAGCUCAUUCGUGUGAGGCAUGCUGGUCUUCAUUCACCACAACUGCAACUUCAGUUUCAUUAUAAUUAGCAAAGUAUGUAUAACUAACUCCCAUUAUUUGCUACAUUCCCCUAGUUAGCCAAACUGCAUUUGCUUUUUACUUAUUGAAUGUUGAUCUUUCCCAACUGAUUGCAACAAUUUUAAAUUGGUGUUGCUGAGACUGGUAUUCGAUAUGGUUUGGUCUGUUUAAUCAACUGUUGCUACUGUGUUGUAAUUUACUAUGUUUCGUGUGCAUCGACUG